GCGGCGAGUGUUAGUAGUCGAAACUGAAGCGUUCUCGCGAGUAGACGCCCCGAACCCGUUAACUGUGACUGAGAAACCGAAUACGCGCAUGUACUUAAUAAUACAAUAUUGCCAUUGUUGUUGCAACUAUAUUUAAUACCAAGUGACGUCGAAACAACGGCCAACAGCAGUCCGUUCAAGUGCUCUUCAACCUCGUGCCUUAUUAUUGCUCCACAUUGUUGGUGUUUGUGAGUGCCAGUGGCUGCGUUCCGGAAUCGAAAUUACCAACCAAACCAGCAUAAAUAUUUAAAAGAGCGGAGGACGAUGUCCACCAACCUGCAAAAGGCCACCCUUGAGGAAAUUCGCCAUGCGGCCGCACGCAUUUGCCGGGACUAUCUAACUGGACGUUGGAAGGUGGUUACCCCUGAAAAUCUGGUGGUGAAGCGCAUAAGUGGCGGUCUGUCAAACUUCUUGUAUUACGUAAGUCUCCCCGACUUGGAUGACUUCGACGAGCUGGAGGAGCAACAACUACAGCAGCAGCAGGCAAAUGGCCACGUCGGCAAAGACGUCAUAGGCACCGCCACAUUAUCCAAUAAUAGCCCCGAUUUCUCACGCGACGAUGAGGAGGCAGCCCAGGCGGCCAAGGUGGUGGGCGUGACAUCGGUGGCCACGGAACUGGCAAAUAACGACGACGACGAUGACGACGCAGCGACUAGCGCCAAACAGGCGCACAAGCGUCAGCGCUUCGAUAGCGAUAGCCGCGACGCGACUUCGCUGAAACGAUUGCACGCCCCCAAGCAGGAACCCCGUGAGGUCCUGCUGCGCAUCUACGGACAGACCCACGGCGAUCACGCGCUGGAGAGCAUGAUAACCGAGUCGGUGGUGUUUGCCCUGCUUAGCGAGCGGAACUUUGGACCCAAGUUGCACGGCAUCUUUCCCGGGGGACGCAUCGAACAGUAUAUUCCGGCACGUGCGUUGACCACAGCGGAGUUGGGAGAGCAGCGAAUAUUGAUGAAAGUGGCUGAGAAAAUGGGCGAGAUCCACAGCCUCAAUAUACCCAUGUCCAAGGAACCGGACUGGAUAUGGAACUGUAUGCAGCGGUGGGUUUCCGGCCUCGAAAGCAUUGUAAAGGGCAAUGUCCAGUCAAAGCCCAAAUCCUCAGUACUGCAGAAGCAGAUGGAAUUGAUGCGCACCUUCGAUUGGAGAUUGGAGAUUUCCUGGAUGAGAUCCGUCAUCGACGAGGGGGAAUAUCCAGUUGUGUUCUGCCACAACGAUCUUCAGGAGGGCAACAUUCUGCUGCGACAGCCGCCAGCUGGUCAAAGCGAGCGCACGCCGCGGGAGUCGAUCAGUAGCUUGAGAUCCAAUUUCGACGAAACCUUGGGCGACAGUCUUGAUGGCAACAGCAACAUCUCGGAACCGGAGACAACCAAAUCGCACAGCGUAUCGCCGUCGCCCUGCCCGGAGUUGGACACCACCAACGACUCAGCGCUGGAUGCCAGCUUCACAACCGAUAAUGAGCCGGAUCUCAUUAUCAUUGACUUUGAGUACUGUGCGUACAACUACCGUGGCUACGAUCUGGCCAAUCACUUCAUCGAGUGGACCUUCGACUACACCAAUCCGCAGUACCCCUACUACUACCACAACUCGAAGAACUGUGCGACUGUGCAGCAGCGGCGGGACUUCAUCGUGAACUACCUGAAGAAGUAUCACGACGACGAGAACUACAACCCCACUGGCCAGGAGCUGGACAAGGUGGAUGCCGAGAUUCAGUUCUUUACCAUGCUGUCCCAUUUGUUCUGGAGUCUGUGGUCCGUCAUCAAUGUCACAUCGGCAAUUGAGUUUGGUUACUGGGAGUACGGAAUUGCUCGAAUUAUGGAAUAUCAAAGGCUGAAGGCAGCCUACCUGGCUAAAUGAGGGCGAGAGUUAACCAAGGGUCAAAUAUCAACAACCUUCACUUAAAUCGAAUCAGAACCGUACUUAAGUGGCCUUAAACAUUUAGAAGUCCCUGCUCUCCCCGCCCGUUCGUCAUUUUCCUCGUCUAGAAAUGAGUUUGUACUGCAAUUUUAUCUAGUUGGCUAACAACAAGGUUACAACACUACUUCAAUAUUUCACUAGGAAAAGGGAAAGAUAUCGAACCAUUCAGAAAGACUAACUUAUUUUUGUAUAGAAAAAUUAGCUAUUUAGAAUUGAUAAAGCUGAAAGAAAAGUCAAAAUACUAAAUACUGCUGUGAUUAUUGCGUGAGAUAAAACGAUGACAACAAUUUUUUACAUAACUUCAAUUCUUGCUCCUGUUGAGAAAGUCUUUUCCAACAGAUUCGGUCGAAAGUAUUACAGGCAGCACCCGGCACAUCCUAAAAUAUCACGUUCUACGCAGGCUCAUUACACGAUCCAAUGCAUUCUAUGCUCUAUACACAAACACGAACUUGUAUAAAUUUCGAAUUUAUUACUUAUUCGAAUUUCUUUGUUUUAAAACUUCAAAAAUUACUUUCGUAUAUAAGUAUUAUUUUGCAUUCUACUCACGAGUCGUCGCACUACGUUACUUCUAUACACCGAAAGCUUAGUUAAAUUUUUGUAUCAAAAUUACCCUUUGUUUGAUCAGUCGAGGAAUUCAGGCGAGUACCAAAACUCGGCCAGCAACAAUCAUGUGUAUUUUAUGUACCUACCUAACUAUCCCAUAUUCCUUAUUAGAAAUUAAUUGUAUGUUUUUAGAACUUAAAAUAUUUUUGCGUAUACUUUUAAUAAAUAAAUAAAUAAAUAAAUAAUAGAAAACGA